AUGGAAGCAGGCGCCUCUCCCGUUGCCUCCACGCCCCGGCUGAUCGCUGCAUCCCUGCUGCUCGGGGUCGCCGUGGGCGCCACCGCCACCUUCGCAUACUUCGCCAGGAAGAACGGGCCGGAGGACGCGCGGCGGCGCGGCUGCGCGCUGCACGCGGGGUCUACGUCUUUGUUUUCCCUUGGCGAUGGGGGGGCCGCGGCCACGUUCUCCGGGCGGAGGCGCUCACAGCAGGACGACGCGUGUGGUGGGCAGAGGCGGCGCACGUCGCGACGCUCAAACUCGGGGGUCGAGCUGCCGCCCGGUUUGGUUUCGUUGCGGUCGCUGGCGGCGCGGCGGCUGGGCCAGGACGGCUCCCGCGCCAGCUCCAUUAACCUCAUCCUGAAGUCCUGCCUGGGGGCGGAGGGCCUGUGCGACGACCCGCUCGGGGGGAGCGGCCCGGCGGCGGCGGCGGCGGCGGCGGAGGAGGAACGAGGGGGCGAGGCGGCGGCGGGGGACGACAGCCGCGAGCUCCCACAGCGCGGCAGCGAGAGUGCGGGGAAGACGGAGCGGUACGCACCUUCCUCGUCUCUCGGCCCAAUGGACGAUGACGCAAGCAGCGUCAGCACCUUGGACGGCCUCUUUGACGACGGCGCGGUGUCGCAGAGCGACGAUGAGGUACGCGGGCGGGAGAGGGGAGCUAACAGCAACCCCGGCAACAGCAGCAAGAAUAAUAAUAGUAGCGCACUGGCGCCGCCGCAAAAGCAAUCCACCUUAACCUCGACGCAGCAGGCAGGUCGAUCCAUGUCGGUGGAGGACGGUUCAGAUAGGCAGGCCCACAGUGGCGUGGAUUCCUCUGACGCCAAUGUGCAGCUCCGCUCCUUAUCCCAGAGCGACGCCGUUUUCUCAAAACGACACUUUUACCAUAGCUACAGUGGCGCGAUUAUUACACGACUUCCCUCUGUGGCUUCGGUUCGGUGUCGUUCAAUACUGCAGCAUCUACAGGGCACCUCCUCGUCGCACAAGGAGGAAAGCGCCGAGGAGGAGGGCAGUAGAUCACACUUGACGCACUCCAUUCCCUCCACCAUGAGUCUGCUGGAUGACCCCAUCUAUCGCGUGGUUAUCACGGGUGGACCGUGUAGUGGAAAGACCUCCUGCCUCUCGUACCUUCGCCGGGUGUUUGAAAAGCUUAACUUUAAUGUAUUUUGUGUCCCAGAGGUGGCAACCUUGUUGCAUGCUGGGGGUGUAAACCUGAUACUUAACACCCAAGAGGAGCGUAUUAGGCAGCAGCGUGUUAUUCUGCAGAUGAUGAUGAUGCUGGAGGAUGCCUUUUACGAGUUGGCGUCGAUGCGUUCUCGGCCAUCGCUGAUCCUCUAUGACCGUGGCACCAUGGACGGUAGCGCGUACUGCUCGGAGGAAGAGUGGAAUGCAAUUCUGAAGAUCACUGGAUAUAGUAACGAGGAGUUAAGCGAUGCUCGCUAUGACGCGGUGGUCCACUUGGUGACGGCGGCCAUCGGUGCAGAGGAAUUCUACACGCUUGCAAACAACGCGGCUCGUUUCGAGGGGAUAGCUGAGGCACGACGCCAGGACGGCUUGACGUUGAAUGCAUGGCGCGGCCACUACCUCGUCUCUGUGGUGCAUAACGAGGACACCGAUUUUGAGAAGAAAAUGAUGCGUGUGGCGGAGUUCAUUGGCUGUGUGACGGGCAUUCCCACGGUGGAAGGCAUCACGGCGGUGUCUGCGUCCUCCACUACCACCAGCGCCACCGCCACUGCGGCCUCGUCCAGGGCGACGACGGUCCCAACCGCCAAACCGGCGGCGCCACCGCAGCCGUCACUGCCAUCGCCUCUGCCGCCUCCGCCGCCUCCGCCACCCACGUCAGUGGGGUCGUCUCCAGAGCGCAAAGGGGAAGAGGAGAAGGGGUGUGAGGAGGAGGGGGUUGCACAUAUGGCGUUUUUGGCGACAGGAACACGCGCCUUUGCAAGCGGCGCGUCUCUGGCGGGCGUCUCUGCACACUCGCUCCGUCAUGCUAAUUCCACGGGCUCUCUACAUUCUCCGACGGAGGAGCUGCUUUGCUCGGCGGGUGUGGCGCCGGAGCGCACGCCGUUGUCCUCCUCACAGGGCCCUACACUCGCGUUCGACGCACAUGCCGAGCGUGGCAGUUUGCAGCGCCACUUUUUUGUGAAUCGCGUGGAUUUUGCCCAAAUUCCCGCGGAUGCAGUGACGGCCUCCGUCGUCACGAUAACCCUGGUCCCGCUCCGAGCGGAGUACCGCACCGAGGUGGUCAUCCGCCUGGCCCGCGCCAACGACCUCCACCCGCUGUACCUCCGUCGCGUGGAGUACAACCACCCCGAGCGAAACUCGCCGUCCCUGCCCGACGGGAAUCAGGAGCUGAAGAGUCCCUGCCGCAGCCGCCACGUGGCGCGGGUGCAGAUUACAAAAGCCUCCUUUUUGAACCUCGCACGGCGGCGAGACCCGUCACAGCCUGUGAUUCAAAAGACCACAAAGCGUUUUUUCUUCAACAUGCGACACUUUACUCUUGUGACCUUUCAGCAUCCAAAGGAGCUGCGAGGGGUUUGUCGGCUGGUGGCCCCUGCUGACACGACGGAGGAGGACAUCGGCGGCUUGGCGGAGGUCGAACCUUUCUCACUCCUCAUGAGAGAAGGUGUCAUGUAA